GCGCCUCAGCCCAACAGCCAAGACUUUUUCUCGUGUUUGUGAAGCCACAAUGCUAGCAUUAUUCCCAGGACCAUGCAUAUCCGCUGUCGAUGGCCACGAUUCGUCAAUGGCUCAAGCCGCGUUUUCAGCUGGCAUGGUUCGGUGCAAAAGAAGCGAUCCUUUUCUGUACAAGUUCUGAUGCGCUAUGAAAUUGAAAGGAUGUAUGCCGACGGGGCUGUAAGAAUAAAAAGUCGAGAUGCGCCGUGUGGCUGCGGGGAGCUUUUCUGUUAAUUCCUCUCUCCAUUCCUUGUAACAAGACGGCUAAGCUUUAUUUUCUUUCAAGUAUAUUAUUGACUCUAUAAUCCACGUCGCGUGGUUUUACAUCAUUCAUCAUGAAGGUCGCAUACGUUCUCGAGUUUGCUCUCCUUUCCGCAGGUCUUGUAGCGGCCAACAAGAAGAAGACUCUCAUCCACCCAGAGGUCCGUCGGGCUGCUGCGCUGUUCUCCAGACAGACCGAUUUCUGUGAUAACGGCACUACUUGCGCUGAUUGCUUCGGCGAGGGCAACAUCCCAUGCCAGACGUACUACUGCUACAACCCCGAUGCUGGCGAGCAAUGUUGCUCUGACGGAACCUUCUGCGUGGGAGACGCAAGCUGUUGCGACGGUGGUCUCGGCUCACCAGAGACCGACGUCUCGUCACCUACCCCUACUUCGGAGUCGUCUCCAUCCAGCACCGUAUCUUCGCCUCCGUCGCAAUCCUCCGACUGGACCUGCGACGAGAGCGAUACCAACGAGGAAUGCUGCCAAAAGGGUGACCCAUCCUACGCCUACUGCCCUGGCGCCGACACGAGCUUCCAAAUCCUGUGCUACGCUCCCGCCGAUGGUGAAGUCUGCUGCAACGACGGUACUUCAUGCACAGGGGGUUCCGACUGCUGUGGUAGCGCCGGAGUGAACACCUCGCCGGCUGAUAAUCCCCAAGCCACUUCGCGCGUCGUUAGCGGCCAGUCCGGCGUCAGCUUGAACACUGGACGUCCUACCUCUUCCAGACAGACCGGAGGUGCUGGCGGUGCCCGAACCACUGGCAACGAACCUGCUCCCUCGUCCACCAACGCGGCCAAUACAAAGGGUGCCAUUGAGGGUGUCGCAGCAAUUGCUGUGGGAGCUAUUGGUCUUGCUUUGCUAUAGGAUGUCGUUGACAUGGUCGCUGUAGUAUGAGGUAUAUGUUUCGACAAGGGCAUCUCGAGGAAUGGCGUAUGUUGACAAAAAAUUGAUACCACGAAGCUGUCGAAUAGUAAUUCUAUAAUGUUUAACAUAA